AUGAGCACGGCCAUGGCAUUACUGGUGCUUGCAGUGCUCGUGUUGCCGUGGGUAACAACCGCCGCGGUGACUACGGCGAGAAGAAACUGCUCCGACACCUGUGAUGGUUAUAAUAAGAUACCUUAUCCGUUCGGAUUAGGUCCUUCGUGCUCCUUGCCUGGUUUCAGUCUCACUUGUGCGGACGGCAACCCCCUGCUGGGCAACCUAUCCAUCAUGGCCUUCUUGGAUCCCAACGACUACCUGCUCGCCCCUAUCUCGUUCUCGGUGAAGAUGAUUCCCGGUGUCCGUGACUACUCUGUUCACUGGGAAGCUCCGGCCCGGCACUUUGCCAUGACGACUGGCUCGUCAAACAUGUUGUUCGUCGUGGGCUGCGGCGUCAAGGCCUCGCUGUUCAUGGACAACUCGACCGUUGAGGUUGGGAACUGCUCCGUCAUCUGUGCCGAAGCUCGAUUCAUGGAGAAGCUACCCAAGGGUGUGUGUGAUGGCAUCGGAUGUUGUUUCAUCGACAUAAAGGUGAACCUAAGGGCGUUCACCCUUAACAUCUCGCGCACCGGCGAUUUUGGACGCUCGAGUAAGGUGUACGCGUUCAUCAGCGGAGGUGGUAAAGACCAAAUAUUCUGGCCGAUUGACGCCCUGAGAUCUUUGUUGCCGGAAUAUCUCGAGGAGUACGAAUUUGCUACCCUGGAAUGGGCUAUUCCCUACAAGCCGAACUGUAAGCGCGCCAUGGAGGACAGGGCAAGCUAUGCAUGCGUUGCUAAUCACAGCGAGUGUGAGGACUCGGAGAUCGGUGGAUACUUUUGUGCUUGCAAGUGGGGUGACGACGGCAACCCCUACGUCCAUGGCGGCCGGCGGGUGCCCAAAAUACCAACCACCUCCGCCGCCUCCGCCACCUCCACCGCCUCCCGCUCCUCCGGCAGGUCAGCUCUAAAUUAA